AUGAACACUUUGACGCAUUAUUCAAGCUAUGUAGACCCUUCGAAGAUACGAACGUUAAUCGUGCCUAUCGGUAAAUGGAAACGUUCUGAAUUUAAAUCUGCUGUUUCUCGAUUGAAGGGGUUUAAUGAAAUUCGUCUUUUAGACAUUACUCCCAUCGAUAGUCCUUUGUUUACCCCACAGGGCUUCCCAAGUGGGAGAAUAUUUUUUGAUUUUGCAACAACUGCUCAUGCUGAUGAGUUAGACAUAUUCCUGUAUGAUUUUGAACCAUUUAGGAAGACAUUUAUAGUUAUUGGUUUGGUCAAUGAUGCAAGUGAUCCUGAGCUAAAUCUCAAAACGUUGAAGUCUAAAUACCAAACACCAAUAUCACAUAAUUUGAUCUACACAUCGGACAUAAAAAUAACCAAUCCAAACAUAUUCUCUGGUCAUUUUGAUAAGGAAACUAAUUUGGAAACUGUAUUAUGUGAUAUAGGGAAGAAUUUUUUACAAGCAUUAAAUCAUUACUACACAUCAUACAAGCAUGUUACAUUACGAUCUCCAGGUACCAUUGGUGGAAACUCUGUUUUAAAGACGACUUUAGCACGCCAAGUCAAUACAACAAGUACAAUUGCAACAUCAUUAUCAUCUAAUGCCUCCAAAAAUAAAAGAUUAUCAUCCUUCGAAAUGACCACUAAUACCUUAAAGAGAUCUGCAUCCCUAAAAUUGGCCAAUACCCUCUCCACAUCAGAUACCAGAUCCCAACAAAGAUCAAAAGGCAGACAGCUGAAAAUUCUGGGUAAUUUCCAAUUAUUAGCAGGGAGAUACGUUGACGCAUUAUCAAGUUUCAUCGAGGCUGUGUCACUAUUGCAUAAGAUCAGAGACUAUAUAUGGUUAGGAUCAGCAUUGGAUGGGGUUUCCUUAUGUUUUAUCCUAUUAUCAUAUCUGCAACUUUCUUUCCAAGUUCCAGAAAUAAUUACUUUACUAUGCCCAGUGGAGACUAACAACAAUAAUACCAGUAAUGAUAACCUCACCAAAGAGAGUGAAACAAGUUCUCCACGAAAUAGUGUCGUAUUUAAUCAAAUGCAAUCACCAAGAAACUCAAUGGCAUUUCAAAACAACCCAGCACUUAAUAUUGACGUUGAAAAAAUAAAUUUACCUUUACUAAUAAAAGCUAUCUGUGAUAAAGUUAUAUACUAUUAUGAGUUGAGUUUGUCAUCUACGAGUGAAUAUGUGCCACAAGUUGUCUAUUGUAAGAUUAUAUUGAGAACGUUAACGUUUAUGACCGCUUGUAAAGAUGAAUCUGGUAAGACACUAACUCACGAGGUAUUAGGAAGCAUUAUCCAAAAUAAACCACCUAUAACCAAGAUAAACAAAGAAGAAGGGAUCUUUAAUAAUGGUGACAUAUACCAUUAUGCAAACAGAUUAUUUGAAUUGCAAUUAAAAGAUAUGAACGUGGAGGCUCAAGCAGAUGUAUAUACUACAUUAGCAGAAGUGUAUGGAUCACUUGGCUUUACACGGAAGCAAUGCUUUGUCCUUCGUCUACUAUUAGUAACAUUCUUGCAGAGCUCGGAAAGAAUUGCUUGGUAUUCCGAUUAUAGAGAUUUGCUAACGAGAAUGCUAAAGCUAUAUGGAAUCACCAUAGAUGGUUCCAAUCUUAUCUCUGUGGCAGAUGGCUGGUAUGAUCUUCAAAUCUCGGUUCUACAAUUAUGUCUUACAGUCGCUGAAAGGAUUGGAGAUAAUGAAUAUAUAGCAAAAUUCUCCUUAUUUCUAUUGACAGAGUAUGGACAAAUUUUGACUACUUCAGAAGAGCAAUAUUUGUUCGAACAUUACGUUAGCCCAUCUAUAAAAAAUGGUUUCAUAAAGAAAUACUGGGAUUCAUGUCUUAUCAGAGAUAUUAGCAUGAAUAGAAUUGAAUUAAACGAAUCAAAUAUUGAAAAUAAUGAUGUCCCAUUAGAAUCUGUAAUCUUGGAUGAAAAAUUACCAAAUAAAAACUCCUCUAAAAUUGAUACACACGAAGUUUUUAACCCAUUCAAACAACUUACUUUAAAAUCGAAAGUCACAACUAAAAAAAAUGAAUCAGGCCAGCCUACGGUAUUUGUAGUGGGGAAUAAGGCGGAAUUGGUGAUUACAAUACAGAAUCCAUUUAAAUUUGAUAUUUCUGUUACUGCUGUGCAGUUUACUUCUCAGACGAUUAGUUAUUGUGAGAUUGAUACCAAUGAUCUAUCUUCUGAGAAUCCUUACGUGAUUAAAGCCUCUUCUACACGCCAGAUAACGCUUAAUACCAAUAUCAAGGUACCCACUUUUCGUGAUAUACACAUCAUUGAUUCCUUAAAUAUUUCCGUUCUUGAACUUCCUAUGGAAAAUUUUAAAAUAAUAAACUCAACGAAUAAUAGAUCUAGGAAACUCGAUUCGAACACCGAAGGUCCCGGUUUCGAAUAUGGAACCACGAAGAUCAAAAUAUUGCCUGAACAACCCGAAUUACAAUUAAUCAAUACUUCUAAAAUGACAGGCAAUGCGUGGAUGAUGUUAGAUGGAAGCAAAUCAUCAUUUAAAGUUACGCUAAGGAAUAAAUCUCUGAAUUGUAGUAUAGAUUAUUUACAAUUUACUCCAAUUACGAAUAUUGAAAAAUCACUAAAGAAUGAUUAUUGGAAAAAUAUGAGAGCAGAUGAUUUAUAUUCUCUUGAAUAUGAGCUAAAUUGGUUACGUGAGAAAUGUGUUACUCUUUCUAAUGCACCAAAACAAAUGCAACCCAAUGAAGUGGUUGAAUUUAAACUUCAAGUUGAUUUAACAGAAGCUCCUUCAGAUUUUUCUGGAUUUGAUCUUCUGGUUCAAUAUGGAAUGAAUGCGGAAAAUAAGUCUUGCGUCUAUCUCAAGAAAUUCCAUAUCCCGUAUAGCGUAACAUUAAAAAGCUCAAUCGAAGUCUCUAAUAUUGAUAUUAUCCCACUGAGUGAUAACAAUUUUCCAAAUAUGAAAUCAGUCGAUUGGAUAGACUAUAUUAUAAAAAAGCAGAAGAAGCUCAAGACUGAGCAAGAUGAUGAAUAUGCGUUACUACUACUAGACAUGAGAAACUCGUGGAUCGAUGCCAUAUCGUUGAACAUCGAAUUUGAUGACUUUAGGAGUACAGAUCAUUUGGUGGAGGCUUCACACACAUCCAGAAUCAUAAUUCCUAUCAAAAAGAUCGAUAUUGAGAAUCACAACUUUGCUGAAAUGCCAAUUCCAAAAUUAACGGAGGGACGACAGUUUAUUCAGAGUGGCAUGUCCGAAGAUGAAGAAAACAAAAUGAGAGAACAAUAUUGGUGCAAAGAAUAUGUGUUAUCCCGUUUAAAAUGCUCCUGGAAUUUGUCUACAGAUAACUCUACUGUAGGAACAGUAGGGUUCAGAAAAUACAUCGAGAGGUUAGACUCCAGAAUGGUCACCACUCUGUACCAGGGUAGGUCAUUAUUUGAGAUACAAUUGGCAAUUAGCGAUCAAAAAGUGAGUGUUGGGGAACGUGUCACUAUAAAGGCAACUUUAAACCCUUUAAAAACUAAGCAUAGUGAUACAACACAAGCGAUUGUCUCAUUAAAUUUCAUGGUUUUUGAUCUACAUUCUUCAAAAUUAUUGCCAAAAUCCAAUAGGAGGAUAUUAUACAACGGGGGCUUGACCAGACAGGUUAGCACAUCCAAGCAUGCUGAGGUACCAUUAGAUUUAGUCAUUAUAGAACGGGGGACUUAUGAAAUCUCAGUGUGCGUGACAAAAAUAACCCACCCUGAUGAUGUAUUGCAGUUCAGUACCAGAGCGGUGACAUUUUGUGCUGUUUAG